AUGUCCGACGAUAAGAACCAGAUCAAAAUCAAAUUCACGACCAACGAGUCCGAUGAAAGUCUAAAGGUUGAAGAGACUCCGCUUUAUGUUCCAGUUACAUUGAAGCGAUAUGGUUUAUCUGAGAUCGUGAAUCACUUGCUUGAAACUCAAAAGGCAUUAGAAUCUGAAUCAGGUGAAGACGACGAGGAGCGAAAACCAGUACCCUUUAACUUUCUUAUAAAUGGCGAGCUUUUACGAACUUCCAUAUCCGACUAUUUAACACGUAACGGGUUAUCCAGUGAAGCCUUUCUCACAAUUGAAUAUACUCGAGCAAUCCUUCCUCCAAGCUUUCAGGCCUCGUUUCAAAAUGAUGACUGGAUCUCUUCGCUUGAUUCAAUCAACAGAAACCUGUCUGCGGUAACAUCAUCACAACUAACAAUCACUAAUCCGAAAAUAUUGAGUGGUUCGUAUGAUGGUAUAGUGAAAACAUACAAUAUGUCGGGAAAAGUGGAAAAACAAUAUAUGGGACAUUCGGCAGCGGUCAAAUCUGUUAAAUGGAUUUCACCAACUAGAAUAGUUUCCUGUGGGAAUGAUCAACAGGUUAGGUUAUGGAAGACAGCACACGAAGGUGUAGUUGAUCAAAACGAAGAAGAUGAGGAGGAAAAUGAAGCUAAUGAAGGUGAUGACGGCGAUAACGACAUGGAAAAGAUUGAAGAUGGUAAGACAUUGGCCAUUUUGGAAGGCCACAAGGCUCCAGUGGUGGAUCUUGCUGUGAACCAACAAACAAAGCGUAUAUUGAGUGCAGGUUACGACUUAAAUGUCGGUUUUUGGUCGACAAACUAUAAAGAUAUGGCAAAGAUUUCCAUUCCCGAAUAUGACUCAAACGUGAUUUCCACAUCAUCCAAAAAGAGAAGGAAAUUGGCUUUGCAGGAUGCAACCAUUAGACGUCGUUCUCCAUUAAGUUUGUUACUGGGCCAUACCGAGCCUGUAGAGGGUGUGAUCUUUGACGAAUUAGACGCUACAGUUGGUUAUUCUGUAUCGCAGGAUCAUACUAUCAAGACAUGGGAUUUGGUCACCCUGAGAUGCGUUGAUACCAGAACCACUGGGUUUUCGUUGUUGUCUAUAUUACAGUUACCUCAAGUGAACUUAAUAGCAACGGGUUCCUCAGCUCGUCACAUUAACUUGCAUGACCCAAGAGUUUCUGCAUCAAACACAAAUUCAGAGGUUGUCAAUACAAAGUUGGUUGGCCACACAAACUUUGUAGUGGGUCUUAGCGCUUCUCCCCACAACUCCAACAUGUUUGCAUCCAGCUCACACGAUGGUACUGUUAAAGUGUGGGAUAUCAGAGCUGACAAAUCAUUAUACACAAUUACACGAGAAGAUGGCAGCACAAAGAGUAAAAUAUUUGAUGUUUGUUGGGAUAGCGAAAUUGGACUCAUUAGUGGUGGUGAGGACAAGAGAGUCCAGAUCAAUAAAGGAUCAGAUAUAUCCAAAUAA